UCCAGGCCAAGGCAGGAAUGGCCGCGGUGUGGCAGGGAGUGGCCAGAGGCCGGAGGAGCCACCAAAUGCUGACCGAGGAGGCCGGGAGCCCGAGCCCCGGCCGGAGGAAGCCACAGUCCGGCUCGCUGUGUACCCGCCUGAGCCGGCGCCUGCCCCUGGGAGUCCUUGAUGCCAACUUUGGGAACGGGCCCUCCUGGGAGCCGCUGGAGAGCUCGGAGCGCGUGGGGGUGGCUGCCGGCUCUGCCCGCAGGGCCCUGGGAUCUGUGGCUCAGAAAAUCCAGAGGUCCUGCCAGAGCAGCGGCCGGAGGAGAGACCCGGGCCGCGCCCCCGCCGGGAGCCCCCACCCAUCCAGGAGGAGGAGGAGCACCCGGCCGUCGGGGGCUCCCUCGCCGAGCUGCGGGGCCCGACGCCUCCCCGCCACCCCACCCUCCCAGGGCUCGGGGCUGAGAAGGCUCUCCAAGUGGAUCACCAAGGACCCCCUCCGUCCUCUGCGGAGGCGCUCCCAGCGGGCGGCUGCCCUCCUCAGCCCCUAUUCUUCCCCCGCUCCUCUCUGCCCCACCAGAGGCGGAUGCCAGGAGGAGGAAGAGGAGGAGGAGAUGGAGUCUGUGGCUGCAGGCAUCGAGCAGCUGAAGCACCUGUCUGAGGCCUUCGACGAGGCCAUCGCCACCGACGAGAGGAAGCAAGCAGUAGCUCAUUACCGCCUGCUCAUGGCCCACAACCUGAGGGCCAUGCGCCAGUCGGAGGCGCCCCUGGGCAUCUGGACGGAGGCGGGUCAAGGGACUGGCAGGCUGUGCGACCCCCUACGGCGCAGAGUGACCGGAUGCCCACGGGGCAUCUCCAGCUUGGAUGCUCACAGUUGAACUGAAGCUUCAGGCCACGGGGUGUUUCCACCAGGCUAGUGUCGGGGGGCCCAGACCGCCAUUGUGUCUGUGCUCAGGAAGGCUUCCUUCCCACCCAGACUCUACCUGCUGACUUAGGUCUGGCAGACCCCAUCCCUCGUUUAGACCUUGGGUGUUAAAAACCGCCACUACGGGGCCCCUCCCCAUAAUAAAUGCUGUUACUUCUGUC